AUUAAAUCGUGACGGCCGUCGUCUGUCAAAACGUGAAGUAAACAUUUUAUAAAAUCAGUUGUUAUGGCUGACUAGCCGAUAAGUCACGUCGGUUUAACAAAAUUUCCAGUGUAAAUUAAGCAAAUUUCGCGUGCGGUAAACGCAGUCCUACAGUCCGAUCGCCACGUUAAAACUUUGCAAAGGUUUUAUUUGCGGUAUUUGUUUUGUGUUGCGUCACUCAAACGCGGACCUUGACUGCACAUCAAGGUUUAAAAAGGUUUUCUUGUAUUAUUGAAAAUUGGUGCUGUUGGUUGUAACGUUAAACAAGUGUUGAUGGAUUGAAAAAAAUUAGUUUAUUUUGGUAUAAUGACGAGUGUACGGUGCACCUUUGCCACCGCUGGAAAAUACGCUUUUGCUGCACGAUCUACGAAACUUCAACAUGGAAUGCUAUCGGCCCUUUACAACCCCCAGAGCAACAACGCGAACAAAAAGAACCUCUCCACGACCGUGGUUCUCCUGAAAACCGUGGGCGGCGCCGCCGGCGAACCGCCCACCGCCACCGGAAGCGGAAAUAAACCGCCGCCCGCCAAGGACGUCGGCGCAGGUGGCGGCGCCGCCACCACCGGAAGCGGCGGCGGCGGCAAGAACAAAAACACGCUGUCGUGCCCGAAGUGCGGCGAUCCGUGCACGCACGUCGAGACUUUCGUCAGCUCGACGAGGUUCGUCAAGUGCGAGAAGUGCCAUCACUUUUUCGUGGUGCUCAGCGAGGUGGACAGCAAGAAGAAGGAGGACGCCAAGACGGGGCAGUUCAGGAAGCCGCCGCCGCCUCCGAAGAAGAUCUACGACUUUUUGAAUAAACACGUCGUCGGGCAAGAGUUUGCCAAAAAGGUAUUGUCUGUAGCCGUCUAUAACCAUUAUAAAAGAAUUUACAACAACAAUCCUGGACAAAGUACGACAAAUUUAAGACAGGAUAUGGCAGUCAUGGAACAAGGACCCCAUCAAAAUUUAACACACAGAGAUCUUCUCCAUAUCGCAGGGCUCGGUCACGGUCCGAUGAACAUGAACUUCACCGCCCCUUCGGACACUUCAAACAGCAGCGGAUCUAUUUCGCGACCCGCGGCUACAACGGGAUCCGAGAUCCUGGACAAAACUUCGCACGAGCUGAAGCUGGAAAAGAGCAACAUUUUGCUGUUGGGGCCCACCGGCUCAGGUAAAACUCUUCUGGCCCAGACCAUCGCUCAGUGCCUGGACGUGCCUUUCGCGAUUUGCGACUGCACGACUUUGACGCAGGCCGGUUACGUGGGCGAGGAUAUCGAGAGCGUGAUAGGCAAGCUGCUGCAAGACGCAGGAUACAGCGUGGAAAGGGCGCAGAUCGGCAUCGUGUUCCUGGACGAGGUCGACAAAAUCGGUGCCGUGCCCGGCAUACACCAGCUCAGAGAUGUCGGCGGUGAGGGUGUUCAACAGGGCAUGCUAAAAAUGCUGGAAGGCACCGUUGUCAACGUACCAGAAAGAAAUUCCCCUAGAAAAUUGAGAGGAGAAACAAUCCAAGUAGAUACAACUAAUAUCCUAUUUGUUGCUAGUGGAGCUUACAACGGACUUGAACGCUUGAUACAACGCAGAAACAACGAAAACUAUCUUGGUUUUGGAGCGCCCACUUCAACAGGCCAAGGCAGAAGAGCCGUCGCUCAAGAAGCGACCCUACACGCUUCUUCGCAAACAGCGCAAGAAGAAAAUAACGAAAAAGACGCGGCCUUAAAGCAAGUGCAAGCCAGAGAUCUCAUCGAUUUCGGAAUGAUACCUGAAUUUGUGGGCAGAUUCCCGGUUCUGGUUCCGUUCCACAGUUUGGAUCAAAAAAUGCUGGUCAGAAUUUUGACGGAACCCAAAAACGCGUUGAUACCCCAGUAUCAAAGGUUACUUGCCAUGGACCAGUGCGAUUUGUCUUUCACCCCGGAAGCCUUAAAUGCCAUCGCGACUUUGGCAAUGGAAAGGAAAACUGGAGCUAGAGGGCUCAGAGCAAUUAUGGAAUCAUUGUUACUCGAACCGAUGUUCGAGGUACCGGGCGCCGGAAUCAGCGGGGUGCACGUGACGGAAGAGUACGUUAACGGCGAUUGCACUCCCAUCUAUGCCAAAACGAGCGAACCAGCAACCGGAAGUGAAACCUCGGAGGAAGACGACAUCAACACUUCGAUCAGGGUAAAACAAUGAGGCCAUUUUCUACCACCAUUAAUAAUUGAUUAAUUACUAUAAUGCUAGAACAAUAUUUUUUUGUUUUCGCUUUUUGUCUUAUUUUUUGUGAAGUGAUUUUCAAAUUGCGUACAUACUUUAUCAUAUAUAGUUAAAUUGGAAGUGUCCUUAAUUAAUCUAGCUGAAUAGGACUGCAAAACAUUUUUUUAUUCUAGAGUAUACCUUUAUUAUUUAUACGGAAUUAACUUACUUACUUAGUUGGGUGCAACAAAAAACAAAUUUCUAAAUCGCAAAAAAAUUAUAUAAUGUAUAUAAAGUGAUUUUUACAUAGUUUAGUUCCUUCGCCACACAUGAUUUUAUUUUGUGGCCCUAAAAACUGAUUGUACAUAAUACAUUUUAACUUGUUGAAAAUAAAAUUUUGUUAAAAACGUUUUUUUUUCGUUCAAUUCGAUUCCUUCAAGUAAUCCAAUCCCACUUCCCUCAGUUGCCUUCUCUCGUUCUGAAUGGUUUGGUUGAAUAUUUUUUUUAGCUGAACGU